AUGGGAUAGACAGCGACGAGACAGCCCCGAGUGGAGGAGGGGGAUGAUGUGCUGAUGCGUAGAGGGUGGCCCUGGGGUGGAUAUGAAUAGAGGGGGGUUCGCCCACUUCUUGAGGAAGGGAGUUGAGAUAACGAAAGAACGAAUAUACUGAUUACAGUGACGACGCCUUUGGGGAUAUAUAUUGCUGUCGACUUGUCUUUACUGGUUCGACGACGAGGGAUAGUGACCACACAACGGAAAUUCGAACCCACACUGGCGCUUCUUUCUUGCUGGGAUAGCCAGACUUGAUUUGGCGCAUAGAGACGCAAGACAGGAGGAGGAAGAUAUUAUCAACGAGAUGUGUCCGUUUACACAGGUCCGCUACAAAUGCGGGCAUCGUGUCUUCACGGUGCGGGCGUGGUGCGAGACGUAUGAAAAAACGCAUGUCCGGUGCAAGGUGUAUGUUGUUGCGUAUGAGAAACGCAGCUACGCCUGCGGUCCCUGUCGACCUGCUGUCAAAGCGCCCUGGAUGGAAGCCCUCAAGAUCCCCAUCCUCACCCAACGCCGUCUCAGCCGUGUAUGGCGCCAACAGCCCCCACCGCGUCCCGUCUGGAAGAGCCCAUCAUCCAUCAAAUGCCCCCCAUCAAAAUGGGCAGACCACCGGCGGACCAUCCUCGCACCACUUCACCAACACUCACAUCACCGGCAUCACUCGCCGGCACUGGUAGCAUAGGACAUAUACGACAUACAUAAGAUUACACAUACGAUACAAUGAUACAUAUACGACAAAACGGGCGGCUAGAUUUGGCUCCAUAUCCCCAUACCUAUACCCAUUCACAUACGCAAAACAACACACCAUCAUCAAACAGGAGCAACACGGCGAACAGGCGAACAACACAGGGGACAACAUCAGCAGCGGCUGUACUCAUGCAACAUUUCCCCCGCACCAAUAUUUCUUCCUCGUAACCUUGGGAGUCAAAGCAAUUUUUUUCUCUUUCAAAUUUUACUUUCUCCUCGGAAACUAGCUGAGGGGAAACUGGGGCGCAACCGCCGACAGGGCCACGGGCACUGGGUGGGGGGAUGGUAUUGGAG